AUGGCCAUUAUAUGCGCCCUGCCUCUCGAAGCCGACGCUGCCGACGUGCUCUUCGACCGGCCACCGGAGACGAUGACGGCCGGCUCAAGGCCGGCUGAGACCACGUCGGCAGCCGUACGAACAAGGCAUGGCGGCGGCCCUACGCAGUUAUACGCAGCCGUCACCGCAGCCGCAUCACGAGCCGAGACAGCCAUCGCCCUUAUUCCAUACAACAAACCUACGGACCAAGCGCCUGACAGCUUCAAAGAUCAGGCUCUUCGAGUGAAAGCGUACGACGCGGCGCCAUUAAGCAAAUUCUGUGGGAGCGAUUCCGGGGGACCAGCUGAGCCAGGGAGACAGCUGAAGAGGAAAUACUGCCAUCCCCCUUUACUGGAGCCCGGCAGCAUUCGCCUGCUUCGCCUAAUGCCUCAUACAGAUGAGAAUGCUCGUAUACGUUGCCAGCUUUUCAGCUACCCCCUAUUAGAGUCAGGUGAAGAGACAUGCCCGUACGAAGCUUUAUCCUACGUAUGGGGCUGCCCAGACGAAAGUCAUUGCAUCUCCAUCGACGGAUGCGCCUUCCCUGUUACAGCAAAUCUCCACGCAGCACUGCUACGUCUUCGGGAUCGACUCAUCGAACGGAUCAUAUGGGUAGAUGCUAUCUGCAUCAACCAAGGAGACGACAGGGAGAAGGGAAAGCAGAUUCGGUACAUGGCCGAAAUAUAUAGCAAAGCGAGCCGUGUGAUUGUUUGGCUGGGAGGGGCGGAAGACGGCAGCGAUCGGGCGCUUGAAGAAAUACGUCUUGCUGCUGCAGACGAGAUACCGCCCGAGACCUCGGUCGGCGAACCGGCCGCCAAACAGGUAAUCCUCGCACUCCUUCGGCGGCCGUGGUUCGAGCGUAUCUGGGUACUUCAGGAGGUCGCCGCCGCUCGAAAUAUCCUCAUCAAGUGUGGAUUUGCCGAGAUCGAUGGAUACGCAUUUAGCAUCUCCCUACGCAUACGCCCCAUGGGCGAGCUGGUAGACAUGUACCACUCCCGCAAGGCUACUGUCCGCCACGACAAGGUAUUCGCCUUGCUCGGUAUGAGCUCCGACGAUCUGGCCGUAGCUGAUAUAUUGCCUGACUACGAAAUCCCUUGGGAGAUACUCUUGAAACGAAUCAUAGCGUUCCUGCUCGGUGAGCAGGUAUCCAUAGAGACCUGGCUCGAGACGGAGAUUGCUAUAAUCAGGGGCGAAGGCUUUAUUCUCGGAAAAGUGUCCUCGACGGAGUACUAUGAUCGGGACGACCGACAGCAGGUGGUUGUCAUUCUAAAAGAUGCAUCUGGGCACUUGGGAGCGGAGAGGAGAUGGACUCUCCCACCGCUGGCGAAAUCCGUCGAGGUAGGUGACCUCGUCUGCCUGCUGCGUGGGGCUACAAACCCCACAGUCAUCAGGCUAUGCAAGGAUCACUUUUCUAUCAUCAUGAUCACAGCCCCUUCUCUUCAGCCGGAACAGCCAAUAACAAAGUUCCCCCACGACUUCUUUCUCCUCUGGGACUGGGAGAAGGCUCCGGGAGAGUCGCAGGAUCGAAGACAAUACGACGCAUUGAUGAAAAGUCGGGCAUCUGAGCAUUCGGGCGGAGAUAGAAAAGGAUACUUGGAUAAGAUGACCAGGUUAUGCUCUGUGGCAUCAAUAUUGGAAGAUGGAGAAGAAUAUAAAGAGGCGGAAGCGAUACUCGGAGAAAUAGUGGAAGGAUACCACAGGGAGCUUGGAGAAGAAGAUCCACGUACGCUGGCAGCCAGGGAUAAGCUCGCGGCAGUGUACAGGGGAGCGCAGAAAUGGGAGGAGGCAAAGGCGUUACUCGAGCAAGUAAUUCAGACAAGAAUACGGUCGCAGGGCACAGAUCAUCCAGACACAAUAAGAAGCAGGACCGUCUUGGCAUCGACAUACAGAGAUCAGGGCCUUCUAAGGCCGGAGAAACAAAGGGCAAUAAUGAGCAUCCUCGAAUGGAGAGGGGACGGCACACAGGUGGCGGGGAAAGAAGCGAUCAAAAUUGCGGGAUCGCUCGAUGAAGAAGUAAUGAAGCUUCUGUUUGAUCAAAGAGGGAGCGAGGUCAAGGUCACAGGGGACGUGGUUGUGGCAGCAGCAAGAAAUUGGUGGCGAGGAGAGGGUGUGAUGAGGCUUCUGCUGGACCGAAGGGGUAGCGAGGUUAGGAUCACCGAAGACGUGCUUGUGGCGGCAGCAGAGAAUAACUGGCAAGGAGAAGGACUAGUGAGGCUUCUGCUCGACCGAGGAGGGAGCGAAGUUGAGAUCACUGAACGUGUGAUCGAAGCAGCAGAAGCGAAUAAGUGGCUAGGAGAAGGAGUGAUGAGGCUUCUGCUUGACCGAAGAGGGAGCGAGUGCAGGAUUGCAGAGCGCGCAGCCGCAGCACCACCAGCAAGGAAUAGGUGGCUAGGAAGAGUGAUGAGGCUUCUGGUCAACCAAGGGGGCGAGGUUAAGAUCGCAGAACGUGCAGCCGCAACACCAGCAAGGACGGGGCUGUUUACCUUCCCAUCACCGACUCCCGAUUGGGAGUUAAAACAUGGGAAGCCCACCCUCCAGAUUGUUGCUGUUCACGGACUCGAUGGCGACCCCUUCGGCAGCUGGACGAGCGUGUCGCCGACGGGAGCGGAAACUCUGUGGCUUAAAGAGCUGCUCCCUCGCAAGCUGCCUAAUACCCAGGUUAUGACAUUCGGGUACGACGCGAGGGUUAUUGGUAAUACCUCUGUUGCAACAGUCCGGGAUAUUGCCUUGGAAUUACUGGCGUGGUUGCGCGACGAACGGGAGGAUUAUGAUAGCGAUCCCUCAAUUGUCUUCAUCGGACACGACUUAGGAGGGAUCAUCAUCAAACAGGCUUUGACAACCGCAAACAACAAAAGACGGUUUAGUGACAUUGCUGACCGCACCAGAGGCGUUGUCUUCUUCGGCACACCACACUUUGGCAUGGACAGUGCCAAGUGGUGGAGAUUCGUGGCGGGCGUCGAAGCGCCGGUAUUCCGGGCGAAAUACAAGGCGCCCCUCGUCGAAACGCUGGAACGCAACUCGCAAGAUCUGCGGUAUCUGUCACGAGAUUUCACGUCAAUCGCACCCAAAUAUGACUUUAUCAGCUUUUAUCAGGCGGAGGGUGAUAGCGGACAGAACAAUGUGGUUGUCAGCAAGACUUCCGCUCUUAUGAUGAUCGUUCAUGAGGAAGUCAUGCCUAUGCAAGGUAGCCACUCAUCGAUGUUUCGGCACCGAGACCUCCAGCCGGCGAAUAUUCUCACCCACAACCGGGACGAGGAUGACACUGAUCUUCACCUCGACUCUUUCUCCAGCUCUUCCGCCUCCUUCCAUCAGCUCUGA